AUGAAGAUCAUUCAGCUUCAGCUCUAUGUGUUAAUCUGUUGUCGAGCUGUAGUAUCCGAUCAACUCACUGAUCUGGGAUCAAAUGUGACCAUAAACUGUGAUCUUGAUGAAAAUGAGGUUUAUUGGAUUUUACUGAAAACACCAGAUCCUCCAACAGUGAUUCUAUGGUCAUUUUCUACAUCAACGUCACCUUUUUACUCAAAUAAAACAUUCAGAAAGAAAUAUUCAUUGCAGUUUAAACACCGUCUGGUUAUUAAUAAUGUGACAGCUGAUGAAUUAGGAGUUUAUUACUGUAUGAACACAGACACUCCUCCAAAACUCAGCAACAGCACCAGACUGACCUUCAACGAAUCAACUCAAAUAACUGAAAGUCACAAUCAUACAACGGUGGAGUUUAUUGAUCAGAAUCAGACACAAUGUCGGAUUAUUAUCAUCAUAUCUGGACUGAUGAACGGGCUUCAGCUGAUUGUGGUGAUCGUUUUUGCUGUUGGAAAAACUGAACGGUUGGAAAAAUAUGAUCCUGAUCUCCUUCAGACACGAGUUAUAUAUCAGUCUCAUAACCCAAACCGACUAACAUUUAAACACCGUCUGGUUAUUAAUAAUGUAACCGCUGAUGAAUUAGGAGUUUAUUACUGUAUGAACACAGACACUCCUCCAAAACUCAGCAACGGCACCAGACUGCACUUCACCGAAUCAACUCAAAUAACCGAAUGUCACAAUCAUACAGCAGUGGAGUGUAUUGAUCAGAAUCAGACACAAUGUCAGAUUAUUAUCAUCAUAUCUGGACUGAUGAACGGGCUUCUGCUCAUUGUGGUGAUAGUGUCUCUGCAGGAAACAGUAACGGCUGUUAUUGGUGGUUCUGCUCUCCUGCCGUGUUCUUCCUCUGAACAUGAUCCUAAACCUCAAGACACUGAUGUACAUUGGAGACACAAUGGCAGCAAGAAUGUGUAUGAUAUAGUCAAGGGUGAAGAUUCACUAGAGAAACAGGACCCUCGUUACACGAACAGAACUGAAAGGUUGCCUGAUGUGUAUCUGAGAGGAAACUUCUCCAUCAAACUCAACAAUCUCACUCACACUGAUGCUGGAAAAUACACGUGCUACAUCACACUCUCAUCUGAGCUUCAGACUGUACUGCUGAUCAUCAACGGUGUGUAAACAUGUUUGAUUCACGUAUGAAAUUGGUAACACUUUAGAAUAAUGGUCUGUCAAUAAUAAGAAACUAUGUAAUG